CAAAUAGGAAACUUGCCCUUAGCUUCAACGACAAAGUUCAUCAGCCUUCGGUGUUAAGGGUAAGGCUACUUCUCAGCAUAUACUAAUGGUUAGCCUCGAUUAUUUCUUCCGUUUGAGGGCACUUGAUCACCGCUCACGGCAUGCUCCAAUGCUACGAUUCUACCUUACUCUGAAUAGAAGUCCCAAUACUUAAUUUCACGGGUCGUGGCGUCUUUAACUGUGCAUUGGAAUGCUCCCUGCAUACCGGCACUACCUCCGAAUGCCUGACACACAAUACGAACAAUUUUACCCCGUCUUCGCAACUGGUUCACACCCACACUUUAUAAAUAGUCUGCUCCGAAGAGUGGAGAAGUCUCUAAGCUCUGAAUCCGACCUCGACGACCUUCCCCGAUUAUUUCCUUUCCUACGUUAUAACCAACCUCUACGGUUAGCUCCUGACGUUUCUCUUUAUUCGAUCCGAGUUUAUCCGUUACCUUUACAGACUAUGGGAGGUCAAAUGUUCGUUCUUGUCAUCGGUAUCGACAAGUACAAGUCGGGUUCCAUUUGGGACUUGGACUCUUGUGUGUCCGAUGCACGAAGGAUGAAUCGCUGGCUGACGAGCGAUCUUCGAGUACCGAAAGAGAACAUACGGCUGCUUAUCGACGCAGAAGCGACCAAGGCUGGCAUUGAAACUGCGUUUCUAAGCCACCUAGUCAACAAUCCUUCUAUUCAGCGAGGGGAUGCCAUCCUGAUUUAUUUCGCCGGACACGGCAGCUUGAUGCCAUCUCCACCAGAUUGGUAUAGCGGUAUCUUAUCUUCGCGCAAGGUACACACGCCGCCCAAGGUACAGGUUUUAUGCCCAUACGAUCAUGAUACCAAGGGUCCAGAGGGUCGAAUUGCCGGUCUUUCAGAUCGAUCCUUGAAAGCCCUCAUCCGGGACUUAUCUCAGGCCAAAGGAGAUAACAUUACGUUGAUCGUAGACAGCUCCUUCACCCCUCCUCUAAAAAUUCGCGACCGCCGCCAUAUUCGUUGGACCUCUACUCACAAGGCCACGCCUGACGACCUCCGUACCUCUCUAUGGCAAAGCGCACAUGGUCAGCGUCAUGAAACAUCUGGAUUUCACGAUGCACAGACCUCUACUCACACCCUGGUUAUUGCAUGCGGACUCAAUCAGAUGGCUGUAGAGGGGAAGCACGGGGGAAAGUUUACCUCCGCCUUUCUCGAGGCAGCCAAAGGCGUACCCCUGCACCGGACGUCCUACGAUCAUUUGGUAGAUCGCAUGCUUUCCCAAGCGGGCGAGGAGCUCAAAGACCAACGCCCCAUUUGCAUUGGGCCCGACAAAACCCGAUUCAUAUUCGAUGUUACACUAUUCCCACCCGACGAGAGCUACGUCUCGAUUGACGUUCUGGCUACGAAAGCUGACCACUUUCGAGUUGAAGUGGGGUCGGCUCACAGCAUCUUCAAUGGCGAUGAAAUGUCCAUACAUUUUCAUAACUUCUCUGGUCCAUAUAACCCAUCCAUUGGCACCGUCGUUGUUAUGGAAGUACAUCCUACGUGGUGCGUUGUUCGUCGUAGAACCAACAGCACUCAAAUUGAAACGGGGUGCUGGGCUCGCGUAAAUCAUCGCCAGACCCGGUCCAAUUCUUGGCUAUCAACUACUAGCUCGGCAUUCCUUCCUUGGACCCGUGGCAAAGAAGGAGAAGGACGGAGGUCUAUAACUCCUAAACCUUCUCAUUCUCUAGAUGAGAAAAGCAUAAUUUCGGCGUAUCAGGACCAGCCGCCUGAAGAGGAGCUUAUUGGUCGCCCCUCGCUCUUGUGUAGGUGUUUCAAUGGUAUUUUUUAGUGCAAGGAGCAAGCUCUCUUUCGCCUAUCUCUGCAGAAGUCGGAAUUCUACGGGGUACACCUGAGGUAGUACUACAAUCAUACUUUAUUUCUUGACGACAAAUCCAUGCGGUACCUUUCUUUCUUCCGUUCACUCCCGCGAGUGGGAUUACGAUGCUCGGUACCUUGAACGGUACCGGUAGCUAUUAUCUUACUUACACAUCGGGUCUUCCAAAUGUAUUACCACUUGUGAGGCCAUGUAUACUAUAUUUAUGUGACUAUUAUGUCCUCGCAGUGCGCACAAAUUGUUUUUGCACGUGCACUACCGAUGCGCGGAG